UCAUUCAUUUUUAUGUGAAUAGUGUGAUUGAAAUUUAAUUACUUUGUGUUUAUCUAUACCUAAUAAGCAAGAAGUUUCAGUUCUGUCAUGGGUGGACUCCACUAUUUAAUUUGUGGUGAUUUAUGCGUUUAGGUUUACUUUAAGAAAAUUUCACAAAUCAAAGUUCAUAUUUGAAGGCUUAACUCUCUUCCGGAAUAAAAGCUUCCUGUUCUAAGGUUAUUAGCUAAAGACAGGGCUUUGCUUAAAUUAAUAUUUUUGUCGUAACCGUAGCAUAAUUAUUAGUAAUUUUUGUGUCUAGCAAGAUAGGUUACUGUCAUUUUAUAUACAUUUGGUACAGAUAUUUUACGAAAUGAAGUACUGUGGGGCAGAAAGGUUAAGUGCAAAUAUUAAAUACAUAGUUUUAUUUAUGUUAGCCAGUUGUAUUCAGUACAAGUACUUUAAGUCUGUAGUAAUAAGCCUUAAGCGCUCCAACAACACAGUGUGGCACUUGUGAACAAGGCUGGUAUACGUUACAAAUAACACUCCAAAUCGGCUUGGAGCUUGUGGUGUAAGCAAAAGUCGUAAGAUGAUUUGAACGACUUGGCAACUUCAUUGCGUGGUAUGGAACUUUUAUGCGUUGCGGAUUUAUUUUUGCAAUAAGACUUCUCUUGUUAAUAAGCUGCUUGCUUCUAUGCAGGUACGACAUGACUGCACCUUGCCUACCAUUUGGGGUUAGGGAUUUAACUUGGAGUUAUCAUGCCAGGUGUUUUCUACACAUAAUAAGCUAAUUAUAAAGAGUUAGAAAUGUCAGAAAUAAAAUUUAUUAAGUUGCUUAUGCAUCGUAGUUACACAACAGCUCUUUUUUUUAUACUAUGUCUUAUAUGCUGAAAUCUGCAAUUUCACUUAGUCUCUACUUGUGUAUUUACUUAUGUGCUACAAAAAGGUGAAUUAACCUGUUUUUUUUUUAAAUAUAGACAGAACUACAUAAAAUGUUGACUGGUAUCUUUGUGGAAUUAUAUCAUAUGUUGGACUUUUCCAAUUAUUAAAAAUAUUAAGCACCAUUUACCAUUAUCAAGAACUUAAUUAAAUGAAAAAUAUUUUACUGCAGAAAUGCUGGCUUGAUAUUGAAAUAACUUUUAUAAAGAUCGAAUGAGUGUUUUGUGGGAGGCAACUGGUUCUGCUUCAUCAUUGGAGCAAAUAGACAGUUGCUUUGCCUCAAAGAGAGAAAGCAACGGACACAGUACAUAUUGAGAAAAGUGUGCAGGUAAUAAGGCGUCUGUGGAACUGAAAUGAAGAUGUCCAGACAGUUGACCACCCGGAGAGGAACUGCGACGGUCGUUAACAUCCAAAAAGCUUCCGUGGUUGGCUGACCUUGAGGGCGUCGCCAGCUGGGGAACAGGUUCCGUCCGUCACCUUGGCCACUGGCCGGAGCGGAUUGUGGGCGGCCUUCGCGGACAUCGUCUUUCCGUGUGGCCAGCCCUGGUUGAGCACACACGCUCACCUUUUGUGUGCAGUGGUGUGACGUGGAUGGUAAUCCCGCUCCGCCCACGGAACUCCGAAAUCUGUGGUUUGGGUGUUUCCCCCCGAGGUCGUAAAUUGUCUCCGGCCAAGCGCAAGUGGUUCGACUGCCGUGACAGGGUAGUUACUGCUGCAGGAGUGUCUUUCCCAAACAAGAUGGAGUACGGCGACGUGCACCGCAUGUUCCUGCAGGGCAUUAUGAGCCACAACAUGCUCGCGGAGACAGACGCCCUGCUCAUGUUCUCCAAGAUACACGAGCACGUACAAGGGGAGGAGUGCCGGUCCCUGAAGGAGAUGGCGAGCGCCAUAAAGCUCAUCAACGACCACACGUCGCCCGUCAACCAGAAGGUGAAGAAGGUGACGUCCGAGGUGACGGGUGGCCCCUACUACGUCCUCGUCAACACGGUGCAAGCCUCCAUCCCGAGCAAGGUGCCGCGCCACGCCAAGGCUGCCUCGCAGGUGGAGAAGGAGUUCCUGAAGGCGGUGCUGGACGCGAUCGUGGCGUCGCCCGACGGCUACAUCUCGACGGUGGCCUGCCUCAACCUGAGCAACACGCUGCCCACGGCCCGCAUCACGCGCACCGACGCAGACAAGCUGCUGGAGAGGAUGGUCGAGAGGAAGUGGUUCCUGGAGAAGAGCAGCACGGUGUGCCUGAGCCCGCGCUGCCAGGCCGAGAUGGAGCCGUACAUCCGGCAGGCGCUCGGAGACGACGCCGACUGCACCCUGUGCACCAGUCUCAUCCUGCAGGGCCAGACGUGCGUGCACUGCCUGUCCAAGUUCCACCGGCACUGCGUCAGCAAGUACUUGGCGCGGCAGCCGUGGCGCAAGUGCCCCAAGUGCCCCAAGUGCCGGGGCGAGUGGAACGACGACGCCCUGUGCAGCGUCGCCACGGACGACGAGCUCAUGGACGAUGACGACUGAAAACAUCACAGAGUCGGUGUGUUGUGUCGACUAAGAUUGUUAAUGCUGCCUGUGAUUCUUUUUUUACAGUUUUUUAAUUAAAGCCAAUACAGUAACUCCAA